GACAACACUAUAUAUUGUUCUAGCUUAGUGUCUUUGUAUUUAGAAUAGAAACAGACAGUUUGAAUUUUUUAGAGUAGUAUUUUAUUAGUGGAAAAAUACUGCCUUCAGUUUGAUCCUUCAAACAAUGUGUUUCUGACUUUGAGAUACUAGUGUCCUUCCUCUCUUGUAAGAUCCAAAGAACCUUUCUGAAAAAAGGAAGCUAUCAAGAGAUUGGCAACAGGCAACUGAGAUAAAGAUGGUAAAUGAUUGUUAAUAUUUAUAAUUCUUAUUUAGGCACUAGUGAUCUGUGGUUUUGCUUUUGACAAAAAAUCAUAAACAGAAGGAUAGAGAAUAACUUUUUUCAAAAAUUGUAAGUUUUGUAAGGCUGUGUUUUCAGUGGGUGGUUUUGAGUUAGACCCUGGAUAAGCAAGGAUUAGGUUGUUUAUUGUUCUUACACUGCUGAAGCUAAUACAUAUUAGCAACUGAAACUCGGCACUCACCUCUUGUCAGUUGCUCUUUAUCCUUACCCUAGACUGGGAGAUAAAAGUAAUAAGAUGAGAGUUAUGAAAAUCUUAAUGCAAUGUAGACAUUGUCAAGAUACUGAAAUGAGCAACAUAAAAAGCCUUCAGCUGUCUCUGUGCAAACAAAAUAAAUUACAAAGGAAGGCCACAAUGCAGAGAGUAUGUGAGGGAGAUUAAUUAUUACUCAGGAAUGACUCUUGAACUAAAUUAGCAAUUGAUACCACCUUUUGGUAAGAACAGUGCUAGUUGUGGGGGGUUUUCUAAACAUGUUGGAAAAGAAGAUCUGAAAAUAGAAGCUAGACAGCAAAGGUGUAAACAACAUCCAAUUUGAAGGUGAUUAAAAAAAACCUCCAUUUCAAAAUUCUAAAAAGACAAGCUAUUGGAAGAACCUAUAAUGGGAGAUUAAUAAAUCUGUUGUGAGUGUAGUGGUACAAUGUGGCUUCAGCAUGAUUCCUUGGUUUAGGAUGAGGAAAAAAAGAAGAUUUAGAUAGAUGAAAGUUUGUAGGUCCAUUCUUGGUCCCAUACAAGGUUUUGAGUAAAUUUUAGGACUGUGACCAAUGAAAUAAGGAGAAAGACGAUUAAUUUGAGCAGCUCAAUUGAGUGAGAGAUGUCUCACCUACAGCAAGGGGAUUUGAACCAGAUGAUAUUUAAAAGCUCUAUCCAACCCAAGCCAUUCCAUGAUUCUAACUGUGUCAAGAGCUCUUUAUUAUGACCCUGCUGCAGAAGAAAACACAUUGUGUAACUGCACUUGCUUGGCUGAUUGGGCAGAUAUAUUAAUUGUUGGCUGAUGACAAGCUCAGAUGUAUCUGUGCAAUAUGUUGCAUCUCCAAAAAAUAUCCUAGCAUGCAUUAGGAAAGAAAAUUUGCAACAAUGAGGGCUUGUUAGUUGCCACAUACAAGUGGAUAAGGUACAGACAUUUCUAGUCUCCUGUACUAGAGAGUAAUGGAAACUGGGCCAAGUGCACAGAAACGAUUGCUGAAGGAAGAUUGUUUCUUAUGACAUGGUUUUACCUUGCAUUCAACUGUUUCGUUGAAAGAAAAGGUAAUGAAUAUGAAGACGAGGAGGUGAUAUUACUGUAGUCUAUCAGGGUGGUGGGGAGGAAGAAAGCCUGUUUACAGUUAAGGAGAAUACUGCAAAGUAGCCAUUGAUACCAUUAGCUAAAUUUAGUGUUAAAGCAAAUGUGCAUAAUUUGUGUCAUGGUUAGUUGCAUAUUAAUUGGAAUUAAAAAAUGCAAGAUUGAAAUAUAUUGUUACUAUAAAAGAGACUCAUCUAAAUAUACUGAACACAUACUUUUAAAGUUAAAACUUGCCCUUUUACCCUCCCUGUAGUGAGGAAAUACAAAUGUAGUGUUCUUAAUUACACUUCAUGUAUUUUAUGACUACAUAUUUAUACUGUUUAUUUCAGGAGUGCAAAAUUAAUGGGUUGUAUUGGGGAAACCAUGAAUUUCAUUUGUCAAAUAAUUACAUAUUUAAUUUCUUUAAGAUUCGGUGUUCUGAUGUGUCUUUGAGCUCUUGAUUUUGCUUUUUCUUGGCUUCUAGAACUUGAUGUUGUUUCAGCACUCUUACACAGUUCCUAAUCAGAAUCUGUAUCUACAUGUUCUAACUAGGCCUAUAGCAUGUUAUGAUAAAAAUGUUUGUCCAAGAAAUACAGAUACAUAUAUAUAUAUAUAUAGAUAUAUAGAUAUGUAUAUAUAUAGUGUAUUUUUCUAAUUCCUUUUAAGUAUGUGUGAGAACUGGAUUUGUAUCAACAUGCAAGAUUAAUUUUCAGAAGAAAAUUUAAGUAGCCUUAAAAAAAUUGAUGAAAAAUGUUUGAUUUGCUUCAACAACUCCAUACUCACAUACUUGUAAUUGUAAUUAAGUUAUUGCAACACAACUGUGUGCUUUGCUCAAGAGAAGAACUUGUUUUUCUGGUAGGUGUGGCUGCUGUUACUGACAUUAAAGAGCAGCAGCUGUGUGAAAUAAAAUGUGCCAGGAAGGGUCUUAGGUAUUGUACCAGGUUUUUUUUCUCUCAGUAUUGUUCUGUAUUGAACAAUUAUUGCAAUUUACCUUAAAGGUAUUUAAGUUUUUAUCUGUUUAAAAUAAACAAUUAGUAGAUUACUUUAGCAAAAUAACUUAAAAGUGAACGGAGGACUGAACAGAACUUCACUCGGCUAUCUGCUUUAAAAGAUGCGGCAGCAUAAAGUGCAAGGACAAAGAAAUUUACAUGCACAUUUAGAUACAUACAUAAUGUUGUGUGCUGGGAAAAAAACUUACUUUGCUGCUGCUGUGUGCAUUAUUACUUUAACUUCAAUACUUGCAGUUUCUUAUCUGAGGUUACAGGGACUUUCCCAUAAGCCAAAAGUAAUUCAAGAAGGCAGAAGAUGUAGAGGGAAAAUUGCCAAUAGCACAAUAACAGCAUUAAAAGAUAACAAAACUUUUAUUAUAUCCCCAUACUUUGAUGACAGAGAAAGCAAAGUCACUCGUCUGAUUGGGAUUGUUCACCAUGAAGAUGUAAAACAACUGUACUGCUGGUUCUGCUGUCAGCCCAAUGGAAAGAUAUAUGUAUCAAAAGCAAAAAUUGAUGUUCAUUCUGAUAGAUUUGGAUUCCCUUAUGGUGCAGCAGAUAUAAUUUGUUUGGAACCUGAAAACUGUGAUCCAACACAUGUAUCAAUUCAUCAGUCUCCACAUGGAAAUAUCAACCAGCUGCCAAGGUUUGAAAUUAAAAACCGCAAGGCUGAGACCUUUUCUGUUGACUUCACUGUGUGCAUUUCUGCCAUGUUUGGAAACUACAACAAUGUCUUGCAGUUUAUACAGAGUAUGGAAAUGUACAAGAUUCUUGGAGUACAGAAAGUGGUGAUCUAUAAGAACAACUGCAGCCAUCUGAUGGAGAAAGUCUUGAAGUUCUAUAUAGAAGAAGGAACUGUUGAGAUAAUUCCCUGGCCAAUAAACUCACACCUCAGGGUUUCUUCUGAAUGGCACUUCAUGGAAGAUGGAACACACAUUGGCUACUAUGGACAAAUUACAGCUCUGAAUGACUGUAUAUACCGUAACAUGGAAAGGAGCAAGUUUGUGGUCCUUAAUGAUGCUGAUGAAAUAAUUCUUCCCCUUAAACACCCAAACUGGAAAACAAUGAUGAACAGUCUUCAGGAACAAAACCCAGGGACUAGUGUUUUCCUCUUUGAGAACCAUAUCUUCCCAGAAACCAUAUCAUCUCGUAUGUUCAAUAUUUCAUCUUGGAAUACUGUGCCAGGUGUUAACAUACUACAGCAUGUAUACAGAGAGCCUGACAGGAAAGAUGUAAUCAAUCCCAGGAAAAUGAUAGUUGAUCCACGAAAGGUGAUUCAGACUUCAGUCCAUUCUGUCCUACGUUCUUAUGGGAACAGUGCGAAUGUUCCCAUGGAUGUUGCCCUCAUUUAUCACUGUCGGAAGGCCCUUCAAAGCAACCUUCCCAGAGAAUCUCUCAUCAGGGAUACAACACUGUGGAGAUAUAACUCAUCAUUAAUCAUGAAUGUUAACAAGGUGUUAUCUCGAACCAUGCUGCGAGCUCAAAAGUGAAACCUUGGUUAUAAGGAGUGAAAGUGGAGCGCUACCUAUAUUGUGGGAAGACAGAGGAUAUCCUUUAAAUAUCAUAUUGAUUUCCCCACGGAGUUUAUAUUUUGCUGCAAUUAUUUAGGGAAUCUAUAGCAAAGCCAUGAAUCAUUUAAUGAUAUCAUGGAUCAAUGCAGAUUGCAGUAUUUCUUCUGGCAAAUGUACAAUUUGUUUUCACUUAAAACAAUAAUAAAAAUCAGUAUCUGUCAACUGAUUCAAAUAAUGCAGGGCAGUUUUCAACCUAUAUACAAAAAGCACAAAUACAGUAAUUUGAUUAAAGGUAGCAUUGCUUAAUUCUUGCAGUUUGUAUGUCACUGGGUACCAAAUUUGUAUGCAUCAAUUUGAGUAAAAGGUAGACAAAUAAUUGAGCACAAUCUUCCUUUCAGUUGUAAAAAAAUUACCCCUUAUGUUCUUGGAAACAGUGUAUGUUAAAGACGUGAUGGAUUGUAACACUAAACACAGCUGUUGAAGUUUUGCUGAUAAAAAAUGUUUUGUUCAACUGGGCUUUGCAGACAUGUAACAUUGAGAAGAGUGAUCGCACCUGUUAUGAAUUACUAAAGCGUUAAGUGCUGAGUUGUGUUGGAAAGCUUUUAAUAGAGGCAAGGGAUACAGAUUGAUAUUAAAUAUGAUACUUUUGUGGACUUCAAAGAACCUAUUUCGAGGAGGGAAAAAUAGAUGGCCAAACAACUUUAAUGAAACUUAAUAGUUUGUUGGGUUUUUUCCUGGCACCUUGAAGCCUCAUAGGAAAAUGUUUCAUGAAAUUUAGACACAAGUUGGAUUUUAGUCCUUUAUGUGAUGGGUAAGUUAAAUUAUAUUGUUUCCUUGAUAGGCAUUAAGGGUACAGAAGCUGCAUUUUUUCCAACCUCUAUCUGGAAAUACUGCUAAGUAGUGACUUUUGCUGAAGGGUUGGAUGGAAAACAAAGCAAACCAUAAAAACCAUUUGCUCACUUCUGUUUUCAGUUUCGUAAUAUCAGUUUCUGUUUGAUAAGCCCCCAGAACUACAUGCAUUGCAUAUGUUGUGGUGAUAUAAUUAGAACCUUCCUACUGAAGGCACAUCUGAAGGCAGCGAUAGCCUGACACUCUGGUGUCUGACAGAGAGAAGAGCAUGUCUGAGCAAGUAUGCUUUUUAAAAUUUCUACAUUAAUGUCAUGCUUUCAUUCCUUUAUCUACUUGGUAGUGGCACGUACCUGUGCUCUUAAGGAGCUCUGUCACACAGUGGAUUAGCAUCAUUAGCGGAUGUCCAAAAAGAACUUUUACUGUGCUUCACGGUGACUGCAGCAUCUCCCAGUCUAUAUCAACAAACUUGCAGCUAUAUUACUAUCUGAAAUGCCUGCUUCUGUCAAUCACACAAUCUUGUGUACCAACAAGUCCAUUUAGAAUUUCAGACCUGUUGUUUAAAAGGGGCAUCUGAAAGUCCAUGGCCCUGUUUACAGCAUGGUGUGCUCAGGACUUUGGGAAGGCUGGGCAACUUGUUUCAGUCUUAAACUAACUUCACUGUGGAGAAUUUCUCUUGUUGUAAGAACACUGACCAUUGUCUUGCUGCGUGAUGCUGAAAUGAGUCUGACAUUGUUUUCUUCAUAGCUUACUAGCUGGAGACAGAAGCAGUGCCUCCCCAUCCCAUGCCCACCACCUUCCCUUUCCCCACUAUUCUUUCAGGAAGGUCCAGCUUGGGUCUCAGUUUCUCAGCCAUCUUGUGCUCCAUCUCUCUGUGGACUGCAUGAUUAAGGUCACUAAUAAAAGUAGUUAAUCAAG